UAACAUAUGACGCUUAUCGAUAACACUUGUUAGUUUGUCUGAUUUACUUUAGUGUUGUAGUGCAGAAUUAGUUGCAGACUAAUUAUGGGGAUAACUACCGCAGCAUUGCGCUCCCAGCUAAUGGGCCUGACCAACUUCAUUGGCACACACAAGGACCAGGCGGACAAGUACCGCCAGUUGCUGAAGAGUGUGCUCUCCAACACCGGCAACGAUUUGAUCGAUACGCUGAAGCUCUUUGUCGAGGCGAUUGUUAACGAACAUGUUAGUCUGGUGAUUGCUCGUCAGAUCCUCAACGAUGUUGGAGUUGAGCUGAGCAAACUGCCCGACGACAUGUCCAAGCAGCUGUCCCACUUUACACUGGAGCGUGUGCAUCCACGCGUUAUCUCAUUCGAGGAGCAGGUGGCCGGCAUUCGUUUCCAUUUGGCCAACAUCUAUGAGCGUAAUCAACAGUGGCGCGAUGCGGCCACAGUGCUGGUGGGUAUUCCCCUCGAGACGGGCCAGAAACAGUACUCAGUGGAGUGCAAGCUGGGCACUUACUUGAAAAUAGCGCGUCUCUAUCUAGAGGACAAUGAUUCGGUGCAGGCGGAGCUGUUCAUCAAUCGUGCCUCGUUGCUGCAGGCCGAGACCAAUUCGGAGGAGUUGCAGGUUCUUUACAAAGUGUGCUACGCUCGCGUUCUGGACUAUCGUCGCAAAUUCAUUGAGGCUGCCCAACGAUACAAUGAACUCUCCUACCGCAAAAUCGUCGAUCAGGGUGAACGCAUGACGGCCCUGAAGAAGGCACUAAUCUGCACAGUGCUGGCCUCGGCUGGACAGCAGCGGUCUCGCAUGCUGGCCACACUCUUCAAGGACGAACGCUGUCAGCAUUUGCCGGCCUAUGCCAUACUCGAAAAAAUGUAUCUGGAGCGCAUUAUUCGUCGUUCCGAAUUGCAAGAGUUCGAGGCGCUUCUGCAGGAGCAUCAAAAGGCUGCCACACCCGAUGGUUCAUCCAUACUCGAUCGUGCUGUCUUCGAGCACAAUUUGCUGUCCGCCAGCAAGUUGUACAAUAACAUCACAUUUGAAGAGUUGGGCGCAUUGCUGGACAUUCCCGCUGCCAAGGCGGAGAAGAUUGCCUCGCAAAUGAUAACGGAGGGACGCAUGAAUGGGCACAUUGAUCAGAUCUCGGGCAUUGUGCACUUUGAGAACCGUGAACUGUUGCCCCAAUGGGAUCGACAAAUCCAAUCGUUGUGCUAUCAAGUGAAUUCCAUCAUUGAGAAGAUUGGCAUCGCCGAGCCUGAGUGGCUUGAUAGCCAGAAUUAAUCGUACUCUCUAUCAUCGUAAAUUUAAUAUUAAACUGCUGCUGGUUUUACAUUUAAUUAAUUUGCUCCACAUGUAAAUUUCAUUUUUGGAUUUAAGAAAUAAAACGCUCUGAUCCCAUGGAUCAUGCAAA